UAAUUGCCCCGCCCCUUUUCACACACACACAUUGGAUCCAAGAUGGGAGAACGGCUGCAGGCUCCAAGAAGUUACACCUGCACCUUUUCCGACUGCAAAGCCACCUUCUCAAAGGCCUGGAAGCUCGACGCCCACCUUUGCAAACACACGGUACAGAACACCUUCACCUGUGAGAGCUGUGAUCAGUGCUUCUCCACUCGUUACCUGCUGGACACACAUCAGCUUCUUCACAGCCAAACACACAGGUGUCAGGUUGAGGGAUGUUCUGAAGUGUUGUCUGGACAGGACAGCAUGAAGAAGCACAUGGCUGCAGUCCACAAGACCAGGACCAGGACCAAGAGCCUGAGAUGUCAGUAUGAAGGCUGCCAGAAGGACUUCAAGAAGAAGUUUCAGCUGAAGGCCCACAUGGGGGAACACCAAGACCUGCUGCCCUUUCAUUGUCCGGAGGACGGCUGCAGCAGAGAGUUCCCCUCGCUGGGCAAGCUGAGACACCACCAGAAGGUGCACACAGGCUACCAGUGCCAGGAGGACCGGUGUCCCUUCCUGGGAAAGACCUGGUCUGAGUAUCAGAAGCACAGGAGCCAGCACAAAGUCCACUUGCUGUGCCAGAUCUGCCAGAAGACCUUCAAGGUGGUCUGGUUCCUGCGCCAGCACCAGCGCCGCCGCCACCAAGGAGACCAGAGAUGCUGGCCGUGUCCUCGAGAAGACUGCGACAAGACCUUUGGCAGCCGCUUCCACCUGGACAGUCACGUCCUGGGAGACCACCUGGGCAAGAAGAACAUCACCUGCGCCGUCCUGGCCUGUGGGAGGAGCUUUGCCAUGAAGGAGAGUGUUUGGAGACAUGAUGUUCUGCACGAUCCCCUCAAGAAGAAGCUGAAGAAGCUUCCAAAGAAGGGCUGGAGUGCAGCACAAGCACAGCUGCUGUCUUCCAAACUGCAGAACACCUGUUUGGAUGAUCCACCAUCUUCUAAAGUGCAGAACACCUGUUUGGAUGAUCCACCAUCUUCUAAGGUGCAGAACACCUGUUUGGAUGAUCCACCAUCUUCUAAGGUGCAGAACACCUGUUUGGAUGAUCCACCAUCUUCUAAGGUGCAGAACACCUGUUUGGAUGAUCCACCAUCUUCAGGUUGUUAAUCAGGUUAAUUUACUAAAGUGUUUUGUUGACUAAUUAUUUUGUUGAAUGAAUUAAAAGUUCACUUCUACUGCAAA